UUAAAAGUAGAUGGACUAAAUUUUAAAUGUACUAAUAGUACAAGGAGUACAUCAUAAUUAGUCCUUUUAAACAGUAGCUGCUAGAUUUGAUUGUACGCAGUAAAAAAGGCGUCAAAAAUCGCCAAUGUUACGACCUUGUUUUCUGCUCGAAAAUCUUUGAGAGGAAGACGGGAACUGGAUAUUUACAACUCUAGCCCAGGGUUUAUUUAUCCCCUUCUCCGAUUUCCCUACUCUCUUUCUCCAAUUUACAAUAUUUAUUUUCCUUUUUUUUCUUUUUCUCUCACCAAAUUCGGCAGUGAAACGAAGAUCACAACAUGAGACUCUUGGAGAUUAGGGUUUUUUGGAUACUCUUUCUUUUGAUUUGUCGCUCCGGUUUCUCUCUCGGUGAGGACUCCAAUAAUAAAUUCCGUCAACGAAAGGCCACCGAUGACGAGCUUGGUUAUCCGGAUAUGGAUGAAGAUGCCUCGUUGAACACACAAUGCCCUAGAAAUUUAGAACUUAGAUGGCAAACGGAGGUCAGCUCCAGCAUUUAUGCAACUCCGUUAAUCGCUGAUAUCAAUAGUGAUGGGAAGCUUGAUAUAGUGGUUCCUUCUUUCCUUCACUACCUUGAAGUUCUAGAAGGUUCUGAUGGCGACAAAAUGCCAGGUUGGCCUGCUUUUCACCAGUCAACCGUGCAUUCUAGUCCUCUCUUGUAUGAUAUUGAUAAAGAUGGUGUGAGGGAGAUUGCUCUAGCUACCUACAAUGGUGAAGUGCUUUUUUUCAGGGUUUCAGGGUACUUGAUGACUGAUAAAUUGGAGGUACCUCGUAGAAAAGUUCGAAAAGAUUGGCAUGUGGGGUUGCAUCCUGAUCCAGUGGACCGUUCUCAUCCAGAUGUUGAUGAUGAUUUACUCAUCCAGGAGGCUGCUAAAAUGAAUGCUGUGAACCAAACAAAUAAAACUAUACCUGAAACUAACCUCACUGAGCCAACACCAGUAGGCAACCACUCUAUCAAGGUUAACUUGUCUGAUGCAGUGGAUGAAAAGAAAACGAAUGGAAAUCAAACAGAAGAUACCAUCAAGCUGCCUACUAGUGUUGAUAAUCCUUCUGGGAACACUGGAUCAGUGGGAAGCAAUGAAACGCAUACGAAAACAAGUUCUGGGAGACGCCUUCUAGAAGAUGACACUUCAAAAGGUUCCCAGGAAGCUAGCUCUGAUUCAAAAGAGAAUGCUAAGGAAGCUACCGUGGAAAAUGAUCAAGGGUUAGAAGCAGAUGCAGAUUCAUCUUUUGAUUUAUUCCGUGAUAGUGAUGAGUUAGCUGAUGAAUAUAACUAUGAUUAUGAUGAUUAUGUUGACGAGUCCAUGUGGGGAGAUGAGGAAUGGAUGGAAGGACAACAUGAGAAACUGGAGGAUUAUGUGAAUAUUGAUUCUCACAUCUUGUCUACUCCAGUCAUAGCAGACAUUGAUAAUGAUGGUGUAUCAGAAAUGAUUGUUGCUGUUUCCUACUUUUUUGAUCAUGAGUACUAUGACAACCCUGAGCAUAUGAAGGAACUUGGAGAUAUUGAUAUUGGAAAAUACGUUGCUGGUGGUAUUGUUGUAUUCAAUCUUGAUACAAAGCAGGUUAAGUGGACAAAAGAUUUAGAUUUGAGCACAGAUACUACCAACUUCCAUGCACAUAUAUACUCUUCGCCAAAUGUUGUUGAUUUGGAUGGUGAUGGAAACUUGGACAUCCUUGUGGGAACUUCAUUUGGUUUGUUCUAUGUAUUGGAUCACCGAAAUGUCAGAGAAAAGUUUCCUCUUGAAAUGGCAGAAAUUCAAAGUGCUGUAAUUGCAGCUGAUAUCAAUGAUGAUGGCAAGAUAGAGCUAGUGACGACAGAUACUCAUGGGAAUGUUGUUGCAUGGACUGCACAAGGGAAAUUAAUUUGGGAAGCUCACGUGAAGAGUCUAAUUCCCCAGGGUCCUGCUGUUGGUGAUGUUGAUGGAGAUGGCCACACAGAUGUUGUAAUUCCCACAUUAUCGGGGAAUAUUUAUGUUCUGAGUGGAAAGGAUGGUUCAGCGGUUCGUCCAUAUCCAUAUAGAACUCAUGGGAGAGUAAUGAAUCAAGUUCUUCUAGUGGACUUAAGUAAACGAGGGGAGAAAAGCAAGGGACUCACUAUUGUUACAACAUCCUUCGAUGGUUAUCUGUACCUGAUAGAUGGACCAACAUCAUGUGCUGACGUUGUAGAUAUCGGUGAAACUUCGUAUAGCAUGGUGUUAGCAGACAAUGUUGAUGGUGGUGAUGAUCUAGAUCUUAUCGUUACAACUAUGAAUGGAAAUGUCUUUUGCUUCUCAACCCCUGCCCCGCAUCAUCCUCUCAAGGCAUGGAGGUCAAAUAACCAAGGAAGAAACAAUGUCGCAAACAGGUACAACCGUGAGGGAGUCUACGUUACUCAUUCAUCCCGAGCUUUCCGUGAUGAGGAAGGCAAAAGCUUCUGGGUGGAGAUUGAGAUUGUGGAUAAACAUAGAUAUCCUUCAGGGUUCCAAGCACCUUAUAAUGUCACAACAACAUUGUUAGUCCCGGGUAACUACCAAGGAGAAAGAAGGAUAAAGCAAAGCCUGAUCUUUGAGCGUCCGGGAAAAUAUCGGAUUAAACUUCCAACGGUAGGGGUGAGGACUACAGGGACUGUUGUUGUGGAAAUGGUUGACAAAAACGGACUCUAUUUCUCAGACGACUUCUCCCUCACAUUCCAUAUGUAUUACUACAAACUGCUGAAGUGGCUUCUUGUCAUCCCAAUGCUUGGGAUGUUCGCUGUGCUAGUCAUCUUUCGCCCACAGGAAGCCAUGCCUUUGCCGUCAUUCUCCCGAAACACUGACUUGUGACAACUGUACCGAAUUGAACCUCAACACGUGCUAUACUUCACAUCACUUAAAUCAAGGCCCCUUAUAUAAGAUGUCUUUUAAGUCUUAGUUACAAAGAGAGAGAUAGAGAGACAGACUACCUCAAGUUUGAUUUUUCUGUUGUCUAAAAUGUUGGCCUUUACAACGUAUUUGAUUAAGGAUGUCGAAAAUUGUAAUAUUGUUGUGGAAUUUGAGGUUCUUUUUAGAGGUAGUCAAAAAGUUAAUUUUGACACACUGCUUUGUGCAGUGAAGCAAUGUCGACCGGUUUUUGCCCCAACAUUUCUGAGUUUCAGGGAAAAGAAAAAAUUGAAUAAAACAAAAA